AGUGCUAAACGCAUUGCUUAUCAGGCGUGCCCUGUAUAAACAGGUGCUUAGGCAGCAAACGAAAAAAAAAACAGUGAAAUAAAGUUAAGUUAGUUGAUAAAGAUCAUAAUACGGACACAUUUGUAACCAAAUCUACAGUAUUUUUCAGGAUGGCUGACAUCAAUUCGACGGACGCCAUACCUACGUCCUGCAAAUUGCUGUGUGUUCUUCUCUUCUGUGGAAUUCUAUUUCAGUACGCAGGACGGACCAGUGUGUCUGUUGUGCUGGUGGAUCUACAGAUGCCGCCAGACAAUAAUACAAACACGAGUGUCUCUAAGUCUCAGAUACAGUACAGCCAGUUCCAGGUUGGUGCCAUACUGAGUUCAGUCUACAUUGGCCUGCUGCCUUCAAGUUUCAUCGGAGGUUAUCUAGCCUAUCGAUAUUCUGCUAUGAGAAUUUUCCUGGCCUCUAUCAGCGCCAGUUCCAUUGCUCACUGUGUUGCACCUUUUAUGUUCGGUCGCUUUGAGACAGCAAUAACCCAACGUGUUGUGGCAGGCCUGGCAGAGAAAAGCAUUCCAUUUUGUCAUAUCUUCACGUCUACUGCUGUUUGGGCCUACGUUCUGAUACAAGUAGCGGCUUACAUUUUUGAGCCUAAUAUCCUACCACUGUAUUUUGAGCAAAGCUUUGGGGUAAAGAUCCAACUGGUUGGAGUCCUAGCUGGAAUUCCUAUUCUGAUAUUCGGAGCGUUAGAGCCGCUCUUCGCUCUACUUGGAAAUAUACUCUGCAAGUUUGUUUCAACAACUGUCGCACGUAAAGCAAUGGCUGUUACAGGUUGUCUGUGCGUUUCUGGUUGCCUUUUUGUGGCGGCCUUUACCUCCAACUCUCUCGUCGCAGGCUGUUUUGUCGCCGUAGGUUUUGGAAGUUCUGCAGCUAGAGCGGCAGUUGCUGAUGCCAACCCAUUUGACAUUGCGCCCCAAUACGCCAGCGUGCUAACAGGGUUCAGCCGGGUCGUCUGUCGUGUUGUUGGCCUGACAUUCCCACUGCUGGUGACCGCACUGACCAAGAAUAAGUCGAGACAGGAGUGGUCCCGAGUUUUGCUGAUCAAGGCCAGUGUGUUUGCUGCCACCGCCGUGUUCUAUGGAGUCUUCGGGAGCGGGGAAGAGCAGUCCUGGGCCGUGGCGGUUUCACAGGAUCAAAACGAAGUCAUUGAAGUUGAUGAAAGUCAACGGGACGGUAGCAAAAAUGACAAAGUCAAUGAUGAGAAGCGACCACUAGUCAUAAAAUGAUAUCAAAUGUAACAUAUCCGAAUA